AUGGGGGGGGGCGUGUUUGGUGCCGAGCGCGAGCACCCUGUGUCUGCCUGUCUGUGCUGUAUGAAGAAGGCUAGCCAAGCUACUCUCCGCGGAUGUGAGAGCGAGCGAGCGAGAUCCCUCCCUCCGCCGCUCUCUCCCCCACUCUUCCUCUCCAAUUCAAUCAUUCCUCCGUCCGCCGCACCGCACCCCCCCUCUUCCUCCUCCUCCUCUGCUCCGCCCCCCGCCUGCCUCUUCUUCACCCUGCGUCGUCCUCCGAUUGCCGACGGAUCCCUCCUCGCCACCGCCGUCGCGGACCCACCGGUAAGCGUCCCGCCGAUCCCCCCUGCCCGCUCUUCGUGUACGGAGGCUCUGCCCUCGAUCGGCGCCGCUCCGCCGGAUCGCGCCGGAUCUGGUACGGAUCUCGCCCGCCCCGCGCGUAAUUCCGCGAUCGCCGCGUCGCGCCCGGCUAGGAGAUCCAGCCCCCCGCGCGCGCGGGAAUGUGGAUAA